CCUUCUUCAUCUGCAUCGAAGUUCAUGAUCUUUUCUUUCCAUUCUCUGGUAGCAUACCAUUGCAGGUGGAUCCAAUUGACAAGUACGAUUCGAGGCUCAAACAGCCAUCAGAAUGGUUCGACGGUCCAAUACCUCCUCCCCCUUGACUCCGGAGUUUGACGUACUUGUUGAGGAGAAACUCGCCAAAUGGAAGGUCCCCGGCCUGACCGUGUCUGUGAUUCAUGGAUCAAGCACCUAUGCCAAGGCAUACGGAAUCGCCGAAUUCCCAGACAAGAAAAUGACCGUCGAAUCUCUGUUUGAUACUUGUAGUACCACAAAAGCCUUCACUGCUGCCCUCAUGUCGAUGGUCAUUGAUGAUAGCAAGAACUCAUCGACACCAAUCACCUGGGAUACACCAGUCUCAUCUUUGAUCAGAGAUGAUUUUGUCUUGGCGGACCAGUAUGCCACCGCAAACACCACCGUCGAAGACAUGCUUUCCCAUCGUUCCGGCUUACCGGGGCAUUUUGGGUCUAUGUCACUGGCCUUUCCGAACGAGACCCUCCGGGGGGAAGUUCGAAAGCUACGUGAUCUGCCCCUAGCGUUUGCCCCACGCACGACAUUCAAUUACUGUAAUCACAUGUUCAUGGUUGCGUCGCAUGUGCUGGAAACGCUGUCGGGUGACGACCUUGGAAGCAUCAUGAAGAGGCGGAUAUGGAAGCCUCUUGGAAUGGAUGAUACGUACUUCUCUAACAAAGACGUUCUGGCAUCUCCAUCAACUGCACAACGCCUGGUAAAAGGUUAUACGUGGGACCCCACCACGGAACGCUAUGUCGAACGCCCGUACAUAGACUAUGCACCUACUACCGGGACCGGUGCCAUUGUCAGUAACGUUCUCGACUACGCUAAGUGGAUACGCACGAUGAUCUAUCAAGGAGCACCGAUCUCACCUGAGGGAUAUAAGGAGCUUUUGUCUCCGCGAACAAUCAUUCGAGACUGGGAGGACUUGAUUGUUCCUCCUGCCCCGUUCCAUCUCUACUCGCUCGGCUGGUUUGUGGAUAACUAUCAUGGCGAGCAGUUGUUCUGGCAUGCGGGAAGCUGGGAGGGAUUUGGAAUCAUGGUUGGUUUUGUCCCGAGCAGACAGUUCGGCUUCGCCAUGAUGGGGAACACGCAGAAGGCCAGGUAUGCGGAACUUGAGCUAUAUCUCUAUCUUCUGGAUCGCCUGCUGGGCAAGUCAGAUGAAGGUAGGGAGACAUAUAUAGCCAAGAUUGAGGCGUUUGUGCGGGAGAGGCAGAAAACCCAGCUGCAGAGCCUGGAGGAGGUGAAACAACGACUGUUCCCAUCUUUUACCGAUCGAUUUCCGCUUCCUUUAUCGUUGGAUGACUAUACGGGUACAUAUUCGCACCCGGGUCACGGGCCUAUCACACUCUUUAUCAAGGAUGAAAGACUUCAUGCAGACUUGAUGGAUCGAGUGGCAAAGGCAUGGAUGCGCCUGGAGCAUGUCAGUGGGCUGUUCUUUGUGGUCAAGUUCUAUAAGCCUGGGGCAGAAGGAGUUGACCCUGAGUAUACUUCGGCGCAGUUCUAUGUGGGUGUGACGGGCGUGGUGGAGAGGCUGGGUCUGGAUUUGGAGCCCGCACUGAAGGGGCAGAUGAUCUGGUUUGAAAGAGUGCAAGGAUAGCAAUAGUGUUUAUGAAGUUCGCUGGCGUGUGACAUUCCACAAGUGUCACAGCAUUUGCUGUGUUUGUAAUAAUCCCAGUUCAUUAUUUGGUAGACAUGCAAUGGAAAUGGAGCCUACCAAUGAC